UCUUUCAAUCUCUUUAGGACCUCCAGCUGGACUCUUCCAGCCACCCCGGCGUCCUGGCCUUGGAACUGUUGGGAAACCAAUCCGACUGUUAGCCAAUCAUUUUCAGGUUCAGAUCCCUAAAAUAGAUGUGUAUCACUAUGAUGUGGAUAUUAAACCGGAAAAACGGCCUCGUAGAGUCAACAGGGAGGUAGUAGACACUAUGGUGCGACACUUCAAGAUGCAGAUAUUUGGAGAUCGGCAGCCUGGCUAUGAUGGCAAAAGAAACAUGUACACAGCACAUCCACUGCCAAUCGGACGGGAUAGGGUUGAUAUGGAGGUGACCCUCCCAGGUGAGGGCAAGGACCAAACGUUCAAAGUGUCAGUGCAAUGGGUGUCAGUUGUGAGCCUUCAGCUGCUUUUAGAAGCUUUAGCUGGACACCUGAGUGAAGUCCCAGAUGACUCAGUACAAGCCCUUGACGUGAUUACAAGGCAUCUCCCCUCUAUGAGGUACACUCCAGUAGGCCGGUCUUUUUUCUCACCUCCUGAAGGUUAUUACCACCCUCUGGGAGGGGGCAGAGAGGUCUGGUUUGGCUUUCAUCAGUCUGUGAGACCUGCCAUGUGGAAUAUGAUGCUCAACAUUGAUGUAUCUGCAACUGCUUUCUACCGGGCUCAGCCCAUCAUUGAGUUCAUGUGUGAGGUUUUAGACAUCCAGAACAUCAACGAGCAGACGAAACCUCUAACAGACUCCCAGCGUGUCAAGUUUACCAAAGAAAUCAGGGGUCUUAAAGUUGAGGUGACUCACUGUGGACAGAUGAAACGAAAAUAUCGAGUUUGUAAUGUGACAAGACGACCAGCCAGUCAUCAAACCUUCCCUUUGCAGCUAGAAAAUGGUCAAGCUAUGGAAUGUACAGUAGCUCAGUAUUUUAAGCAAAAAUAUAGUCUGCAGCUGAAAUACUCCCAUCUUCCCUGCCUUCAAGUGGGACAAGAGCAAAAGCAUACAUACCUGCCACUUGAGGUCUGUAAUAUAGUAGCAGGACAGAGAUGUAUAAAGAAGCUCACAGACAACCAGACAUCCACCAUGAUCAAAGCCACAGCGAGAUCUGCUCCUGACAGACAGGAGGAAAUCAGUAGACUGGUGAAGAGCAACAGCGUGGUGGGUGGACCUGACCCAUACCUGAAGGAAUUUGGGAUCAUUGUGCACAAUGAGAUGACAGAACUCAUGGGCAGGGUGCUUCCGGCGCCAAUGCUGCAGUAUGGAGGCCGGAAUAAAACAGUAGCCACACCCAACCAGGGUGUCUGGGACAUGCGAGGAAAGCAGUUUUAUGCUGGCAUUGAAAUUAAAGUAUGGGCAGUGGCUUGUUUUGCGCCUCAGAAACAAUGUAGGGAAGAUUUGCUAAAGAGCUUCACCGACCAACUUCGUAAAAUCUCCAAGGAUGCAGGGAUGCCCAUCCAGGGUCAACCAUGUUUCUGCAAGUAUGCUCAAGGUGCAGACAGUGUGGAGCCCAUGUUUAAACAUCUGAAAAUGACAUAUGUGGGCCUGCAGCUAAUAGUGGUGAUUUUGCCUGGGAAGACACCAGUAUAUGCGGAGGUGAAGCGUGUUGGAGAUACCCUCCUAGGUAUGGCCACGCAGUGUGUCCAGGUCAAAAAUGUUGUGAAGACCUCACCACAAACCCUUUCCAACCUUUGUCUGAAGAUAAACGCAAAGCUUGGAGGAAUUAACAACGUACUUGUGCCUCAUCAAAGGCCCUCAGUGUUCCAGCAGCCUGUCAUCUUCCUGGGAGCAGAUGUCACUCAUCCACCUGCUGGGGAUGGGAAGAAGCCUUCUAUUGCAGCGGUGGUGGGCAGCAUGGAUGGCCAUCCCAGUCGGUACUGUGCCACGGUCCGGGUGCAGACGUCUCGCCAGGAGAUUGCCCAGGAGCUCCUAUUCAGUCAGGAGGUCGUACAGGACCUGACGAGCAUGGCUCGGGAGCUGCUGAUUCAGUUCUAUAAGUCCACGCGCUUCAAGCCCACGCGUAUCAUCUACUACCGCGGAGGGGUAUCCGAGGGACAGAUGAAACAGGUGGCUUGGCCAGAACUAAUAGCAAUUCGAAAGGCAUGUAUAAGUCUGGAGGAAGACUACCGGCCGGGAAUAACCUACAUUGUGGUACAAAAGCGACAUCACACACGACUCUUCUGUGCAGAUAAAACAGAAAGGGUGGGGAAAAGUGGCAAUGUCCCAGCAGGCACUACGGUGGAUAGCACCAUCACACAUCCAUCAGAGUUUGACUUUUACCUCUGCAGUCAUGCAGGAAUUCAGGGAACCAGCCGUCCUUCACAUUACCAGGUCCUGUGGGAUGACAACUGCUUCACCGCGGAUGAACUGCAGCUGCUGACCUACCAGCUCUGCCACACCUACGUGCGGUGCACACGCUCAGUCUCCAUUCCUGCCCCUGCAUAUUAUGCCCGGCUUGUAGCAUUCCGGGCAAGGUAUCAUUUGGUGGACAAAGAUCAUGACAGUGCAGAAGGCAGUCACGUGUCAGGACAGAGCAACGGCCGGGAUCCUCAAGCCUUGGCUAAGGCGGUGCAGAUCCACCAUGAUACCCAGCACACUAUGUAUUUUGCCUGAGAGUCUUGGAAAAGAACUCAACCAAUUUGGCAUCCCACGCAUCCUCAGAAUGUUUCAGAUGCCUACUGCCUCUCUUAGUGCACAGUGAUUUCAGGUGGUCCCUACCAGCAGCUCAGAAAAGUUGCACUGAAUCUGUACUCUGUAGCCCUGUCUGAUGCAUCAACAAAAUCGAGCCAUUUUUUUUUUUUUUUUAAGAAAUAGAUACUCAUAGAUUAUGUUUUCUGAUGCACUGGGCAGAAUUUUUACCUCAACGUGCGAAGGCUGAUUAGCCUUGACUUUCUAAAGGACUUUCCAAGAAGGGUUUCUGUGGAAUAUUUUGCUAGCUGUGGUAUUCACCGCAUCUAGUCUUAUAAGAGGAGUAUUUCCUUUUUUCUGUGUUAUUGACUGGAGUGUAUGCAUAAGAACAUUUGGAAGAGAGAAAUCAAACGACCUGGAUCAUUUCCAUGUAACUUUUUAAUUGAGUGGGUCCAUAGACUUCUUAAUGGAGAUUUCUUACUUUGCCACUGCAAAUGCCUUUGAGGAGCAUUAAUUUUUGAAAGUUUUACAGAACUCUGUUACCUUCACUGCGUUAUCUGACUGAUCUCUCCGGGCCUUCGCUGUGGAGUACAGGCUGCCCGGUGAUUGCACUAUACUUGGCUGAGAUUUGAACAGGCAGUUCCCUUACUUGGCUGGCUUUUGUGAAUCUGUGACAUAAGCAGAUGUGAUGUGUGUCACAGGGACAGAUAACACUGCCAAUGGUAAAAAGUACCCAUGUUCUCCAUAUUUGGAAAAAAAAAAGAAUUAGCUUUUAGUAUUUUUCCACAUUUUCAAAAGUGCCCAUUUUAUGCUGCUGUGUGGUGUGUUAGAUCUAAACGAUCUUUAAACUUCUCUCAUAGAAAAUUAACUUUGGCAAUAAGCAUUUUUAAGGUCUCUGCUCUUUUUCCUCCUGACGUAGUUUUCUAGAUAAGAUUUCAGUAUGAUUUUAUCAACUAUUUCUUAUAUAUCAUAACUGGGAUAUUCUGAAACCAGUUUAUAAAGACAUGGAUUUCCAUGUCCUUUAAAUAAUUGUUUUUUUAAAAAACAAAACAAAACAAACCUAUUUUAUAGUCAGUGUCCUGUCACUUUAAAAAAAAAGAAAGCUGUAACCAGGAUGCUUUCUGAUUGGUCAGGCUUUGCUGAUGUAUAAGGCUCAUUGAGCAGUACUGCACUUGAAAAGAAAGUACCAGCCAGUAAAAAAAUAAUUUCCCUGGGAAUCAAGGCUGCACACACAGCUGCUUACAAGACAGCCUGAAGUGUGCUUGGCUUUGCCCAUCUCUCUUUCAACUAAAACUCUGUAGAAGUUGAUUUUUUUCUCUCUCUCUCUCUGUAAUAGAUUCUGGAUUCCCUCACAGGAAGACAGGACUUCUUUUCUUGUCUGAACAAAGGGAGUUGAUGUAAAGCAAGUAUCAGUUAGAAUGUAGGGAGAAUGUAUCCUGUAUUUAGUGUAGCUAGUACUUGGUAAAGGACAAGCGUUACAUAGUCAAGGUAGUCCUACCCACGGUUUCCAGCGCACAUUUACUCCAACCUGGAAGGGUAAGGAGUGAAAGGCAAGAGGCUCUAUGUAGAGCCACACUCCUCAUGACUGAGGAGGGUGCUGGGAAGAGACAGACGCAAUAUGCUAAAAUCAAUUUUGCAGUCUCUCUGUAGAAACCGUUGGUGGGAAACACUGGGUCAGAUGAUAAAGGGUGUUUGCUUGAACCCUUUAGUUGAUCCAAGGUCCAAAUCUGUUAAACGGGCCCUCUCAAUCCCAGCAAUAUAAAACACUGUUUCCCUUCAGUCUUUUAAACAAGUGUGUACAUACAUUAAAUGUUUACA